CCGAGAGAUAUUAGCCUCAAUUUGAAAUUGCCUAAUUUUUCUACGGCGCGUUCAGCCCACUCACCGUCGGACGGCGAACUUCCUCCUCUUCGUUUCUUUCUCCGGCAGAUCAAGCGAUUGGAUUUUUGAAAUAUGACGUUGCUGAAGAGGUAUGUGUUGAGAUUGUUCAUAUCAUUGAAGUAUAUCACUGCAAAUGUGGUAGACAGAAACAACGGGCGUAUAGUAGCAACAUCAUCUACUGUUGAACAUUCAGUGAAACAGUCACUUGAGUGCGGUAGAACUUGCAAUGCAAAGGCUGCAGCGAUUGUAGGAGAAGUGUUGGCAAUGCGUCUCAAAGUGGAGGGUCUUGAUCAGGGGCAAGGAAACGGGAUCCAUGUCAAUGUAAAUAAAGAGGUUGAGAAGAAAGGUUUCAAGAAUCGUACAAAAGUUUGGGCUAUAGUUAACGGCCUUAAGAGCAAUGGAGUGAAGCUUAUUUUGGAUGACAAUGAAAAUGGCACUUCUCGCCCUUAACUUCCACUAGAACAGUGCGCUGAUCUUCUUUUAUCGCACGCCUACAAGGUCUCACUACAAGAGUUGAAGAAGGUGCAGUCAUAAUUGAGCCUGAUUGCUGAAGCUAGUGACUUGUGGCGACCGAGGUUGGAUAGAAUGAGAUCAAUAUUAAAACAGAGGCGGAUUCAGGAUUUGAAGUCUAGCAUUCCCACAACGUUUUCAAGUUAAUAUACAAUGAUAAGUGGGUUUACACUUUACAAUCAAAACAUUCAUAGACAUUUCUACAUUUGUAGGAACUGGACAACACACUAAUGUGUUCACGUGAACACAUAGACGACACUCUAAAUCCACCUCCGUAUUCAAAGUGGUUAGCUUCUAAUCAUCUCUCUUUUUCUUCAUACUAUUUCGACCCGUUUUUUUUACCAUCUUUCCGAAGUCCAGCUUAACAGAGCCCAAACAGACAAGUUGUUGUAUAUCCCAGCUUUAGAUUUUGUGUUGUAGAUUUGUAAUGUUUAUUGCAAUCAAUAAAACUGAUGAUCAAUUCAUGCAUAGAUGGUUAUUUAUGUGUAAUUGAUCAAAGAUCUUAGGCAUGA